AUGGUUAAAGACAAGUCAAACGGUGACGAAGCACGUAGAAACGGCACGUUAAAACGAGGUAGAAAGGAACUUAGAUCGAUUAGAAGACCCCAACGUAAUAAAGCCCAUGAAGAGCCAGAACAUUUGAAUGAAAGCUCUGAAGGUGAAGUGAAAAAUCACCAUAAUGGGAUGCAACAUAAUGAGGAAAUUGCUAAUGUGGAGGAAGACGAAGAGAAUAAGAGAAGGAAAGUAUAUGGUGCUUUAUUGACCAUUCUGAAUUCUGAGCAUCCCAAACCGAAGCCCAAGCAAGAGGUCACAGUGCAAUCCAGAAAGGAGGAUAGUGAGAGUGAUGUGGAGGAAGAUGAGAGAGAUGAAGUGGAACAACUGGAGGAUAAUCUCGCAAGGGUGGAUGAAAAUCCGUCGGAAGAUGAUCUAUCCGAGGAUGCUGAUGAGGAAAGUGAUGAUGAACAAGAUACAUUCGACUCACACUUUAAUCAGGUUCCUGAGAAUGUGGUGGACAAGCUAGAUGCUGCUUUCAAGGAGAGGCAGUUGAAAUACAAAUCUGCAAAGGUACCGAUAGGCGAGAACGAAUCGAUGGUAUACUCCAAACCCCUUCUUCUGGAAGAUCAAAGUAAAAAGUUGGAAAUACCAUCACGUCAUGAAUCAUUAAAGUCGUAUGUCUUCAAGCAGAGAUUAAAGAUUCAAAAUGACUUGGAGCACGAGAACCUUACGUCGACACAAAGAACACUGGUCGAUCCUAUGUUACAGUAUAAUGACCUGCUGUAUGAAUAUAACUCCUACGAAAAGGAUGAGGACGAAUACAGAGACUUGUACGCCCUGCAUGUAUUGAAUCACGUAUACAAGACCAGAGACAAAAUUUUGAAGAACAACCAACGUAUAAGUGAUAAUCCAGAUGCGGAUUAUUUGGAUCAGGGGUUUACUAGGCCAAAAGUGCUCAUUGUUGUGCCUACAAGGGACACAGCAUAUCAAGUGCUCGAGAAGAUCAUUGACAAGUCUGGUAUUGACCAAAUCGAUAAGAAAGGCAAAUUCAGAGAUCAGUUUUUUGAAGAAUCUUUACCUCCGUCUUCCAAACCCAAGUCAUUUCAGCAUGUGUUCAAAGGGAACACGAACGAUUUUUUUGUUCUUGGGGUGAAAUUCACUAGAAAGGCUAUUAAGCUUUACAGUAAUUUUUACCAAUCAGACAUCAUUAUAUGCUCUCCACUGGGUAUUCAAUUGAUCUUAGAGAAUACCGAUAAAAAGAAGAGACAAGACGAUUUCCUGUCAUCCAUUGAGAUUUCAAUAUUUGACCAGUUGCAUUCGAUAGAGUAUCAAAAUGUUUCUCACGUCAUGACCAUCUUUGACCAUUUAAACUUGAUCCCUCAAGAACAACACGAUACUGAUUUCGGAAGAGUAAGGUUGUGGUACAUUAAUGAGCAAGCAAAGCUAUUUAGACAAACAAUGAUCUUCACCAAAUAUGUCUCUCCAACGGCCAAUGCCCUCAUUAACAACAAAUGCCAAAACAUGACAGGAAGAUGGAAAAAUCAUCAUUUUAUCGAACCAAAUCAAUCUAGUAUUGGAAAGUUAGGUUUGAAGGUUAGACAAAUAUUUCAGAGAAUUGAUCUUGGUGCGGCAUCUAUCUUAGAAGAGUCGGAUUUCCGUUUCAAGUUCUUCACAAGUGUCAUCAUCCCAUCCAUUAUCAAGUCGACGGGAUAUGAAGAUGGUAUCCUCGUUUACAUCCCAGAUUAUGCGGACUUCAUAAGGGUACGCAAUUAUAUGAAGGAGAAAACUACCAUCAUCUUUGGUGACAUUAACGAAUAUUCGAAUCAGAAACAACUGAACAGUAAUAGAGCUUUGUUUCAGCAGGGCCGUGCUAAGGUCCUGCUGUACACUGAAAGACUGCACCAUUUCAGGCGUUAUGAGAUCAAAGGCGUGAAGAGUGUGGUAUUUUAUCAACCGCCAACGAACCCCGAAUUUUAUAGUGAAGUGGUAAGAUUUAUUGCUAAGAGCGCAGCACUUGGUACUACAGAUCUAAACAUUUCCACCGUGAGAACGAUAUACAGCAAGCUAGAUGGGAUUAGUCUUGAGAGAAUCGUAGGAACCAAGAGAGCAGCUAUUCUCACUCAUGGACAAAACGAAGUAUACGAGUUCAAAUAG